AUGCAACAUUCAAAGAGACGACGAGCUGAACUGCAGGCUCGGAUUCAGGAUUUCGAAGAACGUAAACGAAAUUUUCAGCAGUUUAUCGUGGACAAUUUGCAGAAGAUCAAAAGGCAACACAAACACUUUACGGAGUGCCGGUUUGCGCAGAUUGUGGCGCGCAACGUCAUGGCCGAUAUCCUGAAGCAUACCAAAGCGAUGCGAGAAAGGUGA